CUUUCAGUUAUAUGUUACUCUAGGGUCUACUAGCGUGUAUUUCGAGUUAGCCCAGAUCUCUGAUGCAGCACAUCAACAUUGUCCCGUCAGACGUUUGCGCCGAACUAUUUCUAGAGGUCCACCCUUGCUAACAUCUCUGUUACUUACCAGCCCCAAUGGCAACUGGGCAACAUCUCCAGCCGGCACCGAAUCAGAUGCAAGCCCAGCAUGAAGGCCAGAAGCUGGCCAUCGAGCUUGCGAAGCGCCGCAGUCGCAAGCCAACAGACAAGAACAUCCCCGAAGGCGUGGAGAGCUGCAUAAUCGGAGAUGGCGCACAGCGAUAUAAAGAAUUGCGCGACGUCGAACGGAAGCUGGAUGCGGCGAUGAUGAGGAAGAGGAUGUAUAUCCAGGAUUCGCGCAAUAGCAGCAUGAAGAAACACAGGACCCUGCGCAUCUGGGUCAGCAAUACCGUUGAUGACCAGGAGUGGCAAGGAGAUGGAUUGGUUGUUGAUGCAUUCGACUUCAACACCAACUCAAACGCCUCGUACAAGGUGAAGAUCGAAGGAAGGCUCCUGAGCGAUGACGAGGAUGAUAAUGAGGAGGAGGACGAUGAGGACUCCGAUGACGAGGAAGACAACGCCAAAAAGGGAACCAUGGACAAAAAAGCGUUAAGGCCAUCCCAGAACUACGCCCUUUCGCAUUUUUUCAAAUCAAUGACUGUUGAUUUCGACAAGAAUCGAUCAAGGGACGGAGCCGAGCAGAACGUGGAGUGGAAGAAACCGGCUCUGCCUCCGAACCCAAGAAGUCUGCCUCCAUCAGCGGAUUUCGAUGUGCUAGAAUUCAAGCGGGGAGGAGACGAAAACCAGAAUAUCACCAUCAACUUUGUCCGAGACGAGACGCCAGAACGAUUCACGCUCAGCCCUCCCCUGGCUGAAAUCUUGGAUAUGAAGGAGGCGACAAGGGCAGAAGCCGUGACGGGAAUAUGGGAAUACGUCAAAGUGAUGGGUCUUCAAGAGGAUGACGAGAAGCGCUCAUUCCGAUGUGACGAUAUUUUGCGCCAGAUCUUCCAACGCGACACCGGCUACAUCCCCAGCAUCACCGACGCCAUCAUCCCCCACCUCUCCGCCCUCCCCCCCGUCAGCCUCCCCUACACCAUCCGCGUCGACCAAGACUUCCACAAGCAGCCCGAGCCGACCGUCUACGACGUGCGCGUCACCAUCGACGGCGCGCUACGCGCCCGCCUCCACGCCUUUAACAUGAACCCCAACUACGCGGGCACGCUGCGCGACAUCGCCACGCUCAACGACGAGCUCUCGGCUAUCAUCCAGGCGCUGGCGCACUCGAAGUCUAAACACGCAUUCUUGACCUCGAUGGGCAAGGACCCGGCGAACUACGUGCUCAAGUGGAUUAGCUCGCAGAAGCGCGAUCUGGAGGUUAUUUGUGGUGAGGCGGCGAGGGGUGGGGGAGAGGAUGUGGGUGGGGAGGAGUGGAGGAAGGGAGGGGCGGGGAGUGUCUGGGGGACGGAAAAUGUGAGGGAGAGUGUCAAUUUGAUGUUGAGCAGCCGGACGAGGUAG